GAUUAGAACCGUAGAAGAAGAAGAAGAAGAAGAAGAAGCAGCAGCAGCGGAAGGCGGUUGUUUUCUUUUAGCUUAUUUGCUAAUGUAAACCCGAUUUUUUUCCUCUUUGUUUUAACAACUACAGCUCACUUGUGCUCUGGAGAUCACAAUAAAGUGGUAGGGAGAGGAUGUUGGCUACAGGAACGACUGUAACCACGGCGGGUCUGACGCAGGUGGACCGUGACAAGAUCUAUCAAUGGAUCAACGAGCUCUCCAGCCCUGAAACGCGUGAGAAUGCCCUGCUGGAGCUCAGCAAGAAGAGGGAGUCUGUGACAGAUCUGGCCCCGAUGCUCUGGCACUCCUGCGGUACUAUAGCGGCUCUCCUGCAGGAGAUUGUGAACAUCUACCCAUCCAUAAACCCCCCGACACUGACAGCACAUCAGUCUAAUCGAGUGUGUAACGCUUUAGCACUGCUGCAGUGUGUGGCCUCCCACAUAGAGACACGCUCUGCUUUCCUGGCAGCUCACAUCCCUCUGUUUCUGUAUCCCUUCCUGCACACAGUCAGUAAAACUCGACCCUUCGAAUACCUGCGGCUCACGAGUCUGGGUGUUAUCGGCGCACUAGUGAAAACAGAUGAGCAGGAGGUGAUCAACUUCCUGUUGACCACAGAAAUCAUUCCUCUCUGUCUGCGCAUCAUGGAGUCCGGCAGCGAGCUCUCCAAAACGGUGGCCACAUUUAUACUGCAGAAGAUCCUCCUGGAUGACACGGGUCUUGCGUAUAUCUGCCAGACCUACGAACGCUUUUCACACGUUGCCAUGAUACUGGGGAAGAUGGUUCUUCAGUUGUCGAAGGAGCCUUCGGCUCGCCUGCUGAAACAUGUCGUGCGCUGUUAUUUACGACUUUCUGACAACUCCAGGGCGAGAGAAGCUCUGCGUCAGUGCCUGCCCGACCAGCUGAAGGACACCACGUUUGCUCAAGUGUUAAAGGACGACUCCACCACCAAACGCUGGCUCGCUCAGCUCGUCAAAAACCUACAGGAAGGGCAGGUCACAGACCCCCGCGGCAUCCCCUUACCUCCUCAGUAACACACACUCACACUUAUCCCAAACCCUCCAGGACGGCCAGCACCACACCUUAAACACAUCAGACUGUUUCACAUACAAGGGCACUUCAUAUUUUUUUGCCAAGAAGCUCAGAAACGGUGCUCAGCAUUCACGGUUUGUUUCAAGAUAUUAACAAUUGACUUUAGACUCUGCUGGACUGAGGAAGAGUCAGUCUCAUCCAUUAUUAGGCUUUGUUUCUUUUUCCUCUAAGCCUUUUUGAUGGAAUCGAGAGGAACUGAAAGACUGUUUUGUCUGUGUUUUUCAUCACAAAAAUGUGUAAUUUUGAAUGCUGUUAAAUAAACCGUGUCAUGCCAUCGUAAAUGUCAAGUGAAA